AUGUGGUACUGCGAUAAUAAGUUCGUAAUUGGUUUCGAUAAGAAAACAAAAAAACUGGUAGCAAUCAAGAUAAUUGACCUUGAACAUGCUGAAGAUGAAAUUGAAGAUAUUCAACAAGAAAUAAACAUUCUUUCGCAAUUGGAUUCACAAUAUUACGGUUCUUAUCUCAAAGGCACCCAUUUAUGGAUCAUCAUGGAAUAUUGUUCUGGAGGAUCUUGUUCAGAUUUAAUGAAACCUGGUGCUUUAAGAGAAGAAUACGUAGCAAUCAUAUUACGGGAAUUGUUAAAAGGGUUGGACUACCUUCAUUCUGAACACAAACUUCACAGAGAUAUAAAAGCGGCAAAUAUUCUUUUAAGUUCUAAUGGCGAUGUAAAGCUAGCAGAUUUUGGAGUUUCUGGACAGAUCACAGCAACGUUGACAAAGAAGAAUACGUUCGUUGGAACACCGUUUUGGAUGGCACCUGAAGUCAUCAAACAAUCAGGAUAUGACUUUAAGGCUGAUAUCUGGUCUCUGGGAAUAACUGCAUUUGAACUUGCAAAGGGCGAACCUCCUUACGCAGAUCUUCAUCCGAUGAAAGUUCUUUUUCUUAUUCCUAAAGAUCCACCACCUUCUUUAGAGGAUGGCCUAUAUUCUAAACCGUUUAAAGAAUUUGUCGCUUUAUGCUUGGACAAAGACCCAAACAACCGGCCAACUCCAAAAGAGCUGCUUAAACAUAAAUUUAUUAGAAGUGCCAAAAGGACUUCCUAUUUGACAGAAUUGAUUGAACGUUACCAAAAUUGGUUGGCAGAUGGUGGUGACCAGCAUGAUUCCGAUGGAUCGGACUAUUCUGAGAAUGGUGACAAAAAUGUUGCAGAUACAGAUUGGGAAUUCCCCAAUUCAGGUUCUCCUACGUCAUCGGAUGAUGAAACUUAUUCUGGAGAUAAUGCCACAAUUGGACCAGCUAAAGGAAAACAUGCUAUGGUAUCAAAAGCUAAGAACUCUGGCUAUGACACUAUAAAAUAUGUUAACGUGGAAAGUGUGGAAUAUUAUGAUGAUACUGACCAAAACCAUGUUGAAAUUUCUCCUGUGAGCGGUCCCGCGGUUUUCGAUGAGGUUAUUGUACCUUCUAUAGAAAAUCUACGCCAAAAUGCGCCAUCCAAAAAAGCCCAGCUCACUCUUGAUAUCUUGAAAAAGGCUUUUGAAGAUGCAGAAAGAGAAGAUCCUGGUAUAUCUGAAAAAAUUAUGCAUGCUGUGUUCCAAAAAUAUGAUGAAAUGACACCUUAA